GCCAGCCAGGAUCGAACUGUACGGGCUGCUACAGCCUGUACGCUCUGACGUGCUGCUUUGCGCUCUUCUCAAUGCUGUUACAUGCAGCUAUUGUAUUCGCCACGGGAUUUUAGCUAUUCGCUUCGCUUUACCUCCCAUGUUUCCAGCGACGAAGGAAUGAAGAGGCUUCCCAAUAAACGAUAUUGACAUGAAGAAGGACAUAGAGGUGCUGAUAGCAGAGGAACGUGCUGAGAUCAUCUCUAAAUAUAAUAAGGGUAGAGACGCAGGAGUUCAGAUUGAUCCUUGGGAGGAUGCAGACUACAGCAUAUACAGAGUCACAGAUCGCUUUGGAUUUCUUCAUGAAGAAGAAUUGCCCACACCCAGUGCGCUUGAAGAAAAGCAAAAGCAGGUGGAGAUUGAGAGGGUGCAGAAAUGGUUGAAGAUGCUGAAGAACUGGAGCAAGUACAGGAACAGUGACCGGAUGAUGAAGAGGGUCUAUAAAGGCAUUCCACUACAGCUGAGAGGACAGGCCUGGGCCCUGCUACUGGAUGUUGAGAAAGUCAAAAACGACAAUGCAGGAAAAUAUGAGAGAAUGAAGGAGCAAGCCCAGCUGUACUCUCCAGAAAUCAAACAGAUUGACCUUGAUAUCAACAGGACCUUUCGAAACCACAUCAUGUUUAUGGAUCGAUUUGGUGUAAAGCAACAGUCUUUGUUCCAUGUGCUCUCUGCGUACUCUGUUUACAAUACGGAAGUGAGUUACUGCCAGGGCAUGAGUCAGAUUGCUGCCAUUCUGUUAAUGUUCAUGAAUGAAGAAGAUGCAUUCUGGGCUCUGUCACAGCUCUUAACCAAUCAGAAGCAUGCAAUGCACGGAUUCUUUGUUCCUGGAUUUCCCAAACUUCAGCGUUUCCAAAACCACCACGACCAGAUUCUCUCCAAGCUUUUACCCAAACUAAAGAAGCAUUUGGAUAAAGAGCAGAUGUCCAGUGGGAUUUACAGCACUAAAUGGUUCCUCCAGUGUUUUAUUGACAGGACCCCAUUCACUUUGACCUUACGUCUGUGGGACAUCUUCAUCCUAGAGGGUGAGAAAGUUCUGACAGCCAUGGCUUACACCAUCCUUCAGCUCCACAAAAAACGGUUGCUUAAGAUGUCUCUGGAGGACCUGAGAGAGUUCCUGCAGGAGAAGAUAGGAGAGUCCAUCUACCUCAACGAUGAACUUGUCAUAGAGCAGCUUAAAGUGUCCAUGUCUGAACUUCGCAAAAUGAAGAUUGACCUCCCGCCACCAGCUAAGCCUGAUGAGUUUCCACGAAAACCUUUGGGUCUGGAGCUGCCCGUUGUUCUGACUCCGGUCAAACGGCCCAAACCGAGCCCCUCAGAAGAUACGCCCAACAAAGCCCAGCUCAUCAAACGGCCACCUGCCUCUCUGCACAUCUCUCUACAGCAGGAGUCCAUCAUGCUGGAUGACAGCCCUUCACAGGAAAAGAAGCCUUACAAAGAUGGAGGGACCGGCAGCAUGUCUCCCCUCCCCUCACCCGACCCCGUUCUAGUGCACAGCCAGAUUCCACUCACACCUGACGGAAUGAUAGGAGCCCCUGAGGACGGCGGGGAAUGGCCUCCUCCAUACGAACCUCCUGUACCUCAGCUUAAUGAGACCCAAAACCAACAGGAGCUGUACGACACUACUCCAGCUCCGAAUGGAGUGGAUGAUAAAAAGCCUUCACAAACAUCUCAGAACUUGGAGCAGGACGCUUCAGAAACAGCAGGGGGCAGCAUGGAGGGUGAUUUACCCUCAGACAAUUUCAAAUCCGUUUCCGUGCAACCAUCUGGCAUUUCCAGUUCUGCAAAUUAUAAGGGACAGGAAGAUGAAAGUCAGAAUAUGGAUAAUUUUUCAGAGAGACUCUCCGUAUCACCUAAGAUUUUCUCAACAGCCUGUGAGCUGUCACAGUUACCUGCCAAACGAAUCCCCACAGUCCAUUCAGACCCACUAUUUCAGCACUCUCCUCAUUCCAGCCAACACCUGCCCAAAUCAGAGACAUUUUAAGCUGCCAACUGACUUUCCUUCAAGUGCUUUGCCAGUGUUCCUCUGGAAAGCAUUAUUGAUUUUUCAGUUUUUCAGCAUUUGACUUUGCCGCAGCUCAAGUUUGCUCUGGUUGAUUUCAGUUUGUGAUGCAUUUGCACAAACAUUACAUAUGACAGAGAUAACAAAAGUGAGCUGGCUCACUGCUUAAUACACAACUCAGCAUAUAGCCAAUUUUUUUCUGAACAACUGCCUUCCAACCUGCCUCUCACACCCUCCGGGUUUGUACAGAACCACCACUCAAUUAUACCACGCCACCACUGACGUCUUUGCAAUUUCUGUGUCCGGAUUUAAUGAAAUGGUGACAGCUGUAAUGAAGAGAUAUGUUCUGAAACCACACUCUACAACAUCACUACUACUCAAAAUCAACCAUUAGUUAAAAUGCUAUGGCUUGACAGAAUAUUGUAAUUAUUUGUUAAUAUCACAAACCACUCCAUGUUAAAUAAUACAGUAGCUUACCCUUUCUGAUAAGAAGGUAGAGAGUUAUAUACUUGUAGUCUGUGGUCAUUUGAAUGGUCAUGAUCAAAUAGGCUCCGUUCGUGAUGUGAACUGUUUGUUGAUACCAGCUUUAUGGUACAAUGCCAAUUUUGCAGUGUCCACAAGCCAAUAUUUAUUAUUCUGAUAGAAAACACCAAAAAAAUAGUUUAAUGGAACGUGCAGCGGUCUGUCAGAGUAUGUUCGUCUCAAAAUGAUCUGGCACAGUUUCAAUGAGACAGCUGCAGUGUCUUUGCGAUUUAACUUCCCAGCUGAUGGCAAUAUUAAACAUGGCCUUUAAUAAGAUUAAACCAUAUUUUUCUGGUUGUUUCUAAAAACAACUGUCUGUACAUUUAGUAUUUGUACUUGUUUUUCAUUUGUGUGAACAUUUUGUACAUUUAGCUUUUUAGAGUAUUGUAUUUUAAUGCUUAUAGGAUUUUGUAUUUGUAACACAGCUGUCAGAUGUGCUUUCUGAUGGUUUCAUCUAGCAUAGGCCUACUUUUUGUAACCAGUUAACUAGAAAGUGCUUCAGAUUUACAAUUUCAGCUGGUUUAACAGAUUCAGAUUCUGCUUUGAGGUUUCAUGUGAAUAGUUUUGCCAAACCAUGUUUCUCAUCAUUAUAUGUAAAGCAGUACAAAAACUACAAUUUUAAUCUAAAAACGGAAUAGCUGGGAAGCAAAUAAGUAAUCUAAGCAUGGGUCAUUUUAAAUUAAUUACUUAAACAGGUUACCUAAGCAUAUUUUCAACCUUUGUUGUCUCUCAGAAUAACAGUGUAAAUCUAUUAAGAGUCAAGCACUGUAGUGCUGUUAUGGCAUUGCUUAUUAAGACAUCAAUGGUUUUAAAUUCUAUUACAGUAUGGAAAUUCAAAAUAUGUUUUCAGUGCAGUAUUUGAGUUAUGGACAUUGUACAUUCCUUUUUAAGGAGUUUUGAGAACUCCAACCAAAAGGCUUUGGUUUUAUUCAGUCUGUAUAUAGUAAAUAUAGGCUACCUAUUUACUUUGUUAUUCUAUGUUUGAAUUAGAUUUGCAUAAAUAGAAGUUUUCUAAUCUUGA